CGUCGUCUACGCACUCUUGUCCGUCCUAUUAAGGCUGUCCGGCUGUUCGGUUGGUUCGGUUGGUUCGGUUGGUUCGGUUGGUUCGGUCAUCAGUCAGCCGUUAUCAGAGCCGUUAGAGACAGGAAUUCGGUUUCCGAGGUUCGAGCCGCUGGCAAAUUGUGUGUCGAGGCGUCCAAGUGGAGGGCUCGCCAGCGCAACACCUCUACCGGACUCGAGGUGACCUCAUGGUGGGCGGACAGGCAAACAAACAGACAGACAAACAUACAUACAUACAGACAGACAGACAGACAGGCUAGCCAGCCUUACAUGACCCGUCGCCACGAGGCUCCGCUCAACCACGCCAUGACGACAGACUCUUUCUCACUUUCCUGCCUUUCAGAUACGCGGUCACCGCUCAUGACAGACACUUCCGCCAGAAGAGUGAGAUUUUAUCAGAAGAGGACCUUCUUUUAUCAGACUUCGCCAUUGCGCGAAUUUGUACAUUUUAUUUUUUUAUUCCAAUUUUCUUUGCUUUUAAAGAAAGCCACUUUUAUGCCUCAUUUCUGCUUCUAA